ACUGAGCGACAGAGAGACAGUCGAUACCACAACGAAGCGAACGACAACGUCGACUUGGCCACAGACAGCCCCACCAACCAAUCAGAUCCCAUGGACAAGGACAUUAAGGUCCAAGGGGAUUCGCGAGGGUCAUUCUGGACCCAAACGCUGACGCUGAGUCAUCGCACUUUGUCCAAUUUGGGGCGAGAUCCGCACCUGAUUAUAGGACAUUGGGCUGUGGGUAUUAUGACGGGGGUGGUGCUUGGAUUGUUAUACUUCAAUUCAGGUGUGUAG